ACCAAAUCACACAAACACACUAAUAUUUAUAUCUAUACGCACACAUGAACGCAAUGCGAACGAGUAGUUGACUCCAUUAAAGCAAGAAGUUCAGAUUAUUUGGAUAUAGCAGAGAAGAAUAGAAAAGAACAUACAUGACUUCAUCAAGCACAAUAACUUUCCUCGUCGUGUGUCUCUUAGCCUCGCUUCUGGAUCCAAUCAAGGCUCACCGAGGAGAGGGUGAAUCCGACAGAGAAAGUUUGCAUUCCAAGGGUCUGAUAUUGGUGAAACUAUGGUGUUUGAUGAUCAUGCUUGUGAGCACUUUCGCCGGAGGGGUGUCUCCCUACUUCUUCCGCUGGAAUGAGACUUUUCUUGUGUUGGGGACUCAGUUCGCUGGUGGGGUUUUCUUGGGAACUUCUCUGAUGCAUUUCUUGGGCGAUUCUAAUGACACUUUUCGAGAACUCACCACAAAAACUUACCCUUUUGCCUUUAUGCUGGCUUCAUCUGGGUACCUUCUCACCAUGCUCGGUGACUGCGUAGUGGGUUUUGUCACCAGCAAUACCCAGACGAAACCCAAAGUGGUGGAACUGGAAGGAGGAACACCACCACCUCAAGAACAUGACCCAACCACAGAUCACUGCGCAGUGGAGGCAACAAACCCUAUAUUGAUGAAAACUUCCUCCACGGGUGACACCAUUCUACUCAUCCUUGCACUUUGCUUCCAUUCGGUUUUUGAGGGCAUUGCCGUUGGAGUUGCAGGUACGAAGAGAGAGGCAUGGAAGAACUUGUGGACAAUAUCAUUGCACAAGAUAUUUGCUGCGAUCGCAAUGGGAAUUGCUUUGUUAAGGAUGUUACCUAAGAGACCCUUAGUGACAAGUGCUGUGUAUUCUUUGGCCUUCGCAGUGUCGAGCCCCGCCGGUGUGGCGAUCGGAAUAGCCAUAGACGCCACAACUCAAGGAAGCACCGCCGAUUGGAUGUUUGCCAUAACGAUGGGAAUUGCUUGUGAGGUGUUCAUCUAUGUUGCCAUCAAUCAUUUGAUAUCCAAAGGCUUCAAACAGAAGGGGACAAGCCGUUUCGACACUCCCUGGUUUAGGUUUCUCGCAGUGCUUUCUGGUGUAGCUGUUAUAGCAGUUGUCAUGAUCUGGGACUGAUAUAUAUGUUACAUCAUUUAUCUUAUCAUCGUCAUCUUUCAUGUCUUUCUUUGUUCAGUAUUUUUGCUCUAAGAAAUUGUGUGUGACAGUUAUGAUGACCAUGACAUGUAAUUAAGAGAUAAGGAAUUAAGGCCGAAAUUUUG